UUCUAUUUUAAAAUCAGAUGAAUGUGAUAACAUACAAGAAGUGGUCAGUCAGCAUCUGCAAUAAAGUAAGACAAGUUUGUGAUUCAGGCCAGCGGGCUCUUCUGGGACUCACUGUGCACAUUGCAAUCAGACAGUGAGAAAAAGGAGAAGAGUUUGGGCACAAUUAUUCGAAGCUGUAAAUUUGCCAUCGUUUCUUUUGGGAGCCCAGCUGCAUGAAUUGGAGGGGUAGCUUGUCCCCUGAGGAUGUAGCCACGAGCUGCCUGCAGCACCAGCACCCUCUGCUCUCACAGACACGAACUAAUAAAGUUGAUGCUUGUUGAGGGUUUGGAAGAUGGCGGCUUCCAGGACGCCCUUGGUUCCGUUCGGUCGUUUGAGCUGCUUCUUAAACGUUGAAAGACGUGGGGUGAAGCACACGCUAUGGCUGGCAAACCGGGUUUUCUUCAAAGGUUAUGCUCUUCCAGCAACAAACGGUGCUGCACCUGAUACAGGAUCUCAGUCGAAAGGUUCUGCCUUUGCAUCAAGUGUUGAAGGGCCUUUAGAGCACUACGAAUUGUUGGUCAGUCUAGGCGACCUAAAAGCUGAUGACCACCAGAGAAAGGUUGUGCAGUGUUUACAGAAGCUUCAUGAAGCACUUAAAGGAUACAAUCUUGGUCGGCAAAAUUUCUUCUCAAAGUUUUUUGAAAGAUCUAUACCUCCAAAAGGCCUUUAUGUGUAUGGAGAUGUUGUAUUUACAUUGGCUAAUACAGAUAUGUUUCUGGUGAAGUUUGACCACCAAAGUGUUGACGGUAGAAAAUCCAAAGAUGAUGAUGCUAGAUAUGGUGGGACGGGGAAGACCAUGGUGAUGGACCUGUUUUAUUCCCACGCAACUGUUAAAAGGAAAAGUCGAGUACAUUUUCAUGGUUUCAUGCUGGAUGUCCAUCAAAGAAUCCAUCGGUUAAAGCAGACUUUGCCAAAAAGAAAACCUGGCUUAAUGGCCAAGUCAUAUGAUCCAAUAGCACCUAUCGCUGCAGAAAUCAGUAAUGAGAGCUGCCUGUUAUGUUUUGAUGAGUUUCAGGUUACAGACAUUGCUGAUGCCAUGAUACUGAAGCAGCUUUUCGAAAACCUAUUUCAAAAUGGUGUUGUUGUUGUUGCCACAUCCAAUAGACCACCCGAAGACCUCUAUAAAAAUGGGCUUCAGAGGGCUAACUUUGUGCCAUUCAUUGCUGUCCUGAAGAAAUAUUGUGAAGCCAUUGAAUUGGAUUCUGAAGUUGACUACAGGAAAAGACAGCUUCCUGGAGCAGGGAAACUUUAUUAUCUUACAAGUGAAGCUGAUGUGGAGGCUGUCGUGGAUAAGCUAUUUGAUGAGCUGGCUCAGAAACAAAAUGAUAUAACACGACCAAGGAUUUUGAAAGUGCAAGGCAGAGAACUGAGACUGAGCAAAGCUUGCGGAACCAUAGCAGACUGCACAUUUGAAGAGCUGUGUGAUAAACCCCUUGGAGCAAGUGACUACCUGGAAAUGACUAAACACUUUGACACUGUAUUCAUCCGGAACAUACCAAUGCUGACUUUGGCAAAGAAGACUCAAGCACGACGCUUCAUCACUCUCAUCGAUGCCUUUUACGAUCACAAGGUCAGGGUUAUUUGCUCAGCUGCAAUGCCUUUGGAGAGAAUAUUUGUUCAGAAGGAUCACGAUAAUCAUGACGACGAUGCCAGAGUCUUCAUAGAUGAUCUAGGAUUGGAACAGACUAAAGUGGAAGACCUUUCAAUUUUUUCUGGAGCAGAAGAAAUAUUUGCAUUUCAGCGCACAGUCUCACGGCUCACAGAAAUGCAGACUGAGCAGUACUGGAAUGAAGGAGACAGGGGAAAGAAGUGACUCUGCUGAGUGAAAGCAAAUGUAAAUCUGUCAAACAAAUUCAGCAACAGAUCAAAUUCUAGUUUAAAUUAAGAACUGAGGUGCAAUGAUACUUUAUUUGCACAAUGUUCAAAGGACCAUUGACAUUCUUCAGUACAACAAUUUCAAGAUUUCCUUUGCCCAAACUGCCAGUUUUCAUUGGUUUUGAUAUUGGUAAUCUAAGCAUAAUACUAUCUAACCACUACUUCCUGAUUCAUUUCUUCUGUGCAGCACUUCUUUAUGUUUGUAUUUUUCCAUGUUCUGAAACUUUGACCCUAAGUCUAGGCUGCUCCAAGAAGCAUGGUAAGAAGUCAUGGAACAAAAAUUACAUUUAUCAUCUCAAGAGCACUCCUUACACAGACUAUGUAUUAUCUCAUAUUGUGGGCUGUAUUCCAUUAAGUUAACAUCCUCGGGGAAGUUUUACAUGAAUAUUUUGGAUAUUUGUAUAUUUAAACUCCAGAAAUAAAAUGGUUUUAAUGCAGUCUUCAAGGGACUUUUCUCAUCUGUUUGGUGGUGAGGGGAGAGCGGUGUGAAAGUUAAUUAAUAUUAUAACACCCAUACAUAAAACCCAGUUUGACAUGCAGAGAUCUACAACGGGCACAGGGAGAAAUCUCUACCCUUCAAUGUUAAGGCCUUACCUCAAUAGCAUUGAGCAAGUAUGGACAUGAACAAGUAGCUUCCCAGCGAAGGAGGAUUGAAGAUUAAUUUUCUGAAAAAUCAGCAGCAUUGAUUCAAUAAGUGAUGAAAGAGACACCCAGAAAAGAGAGAUGAUAAGAUCAGAAAGGAAGAGGAACACAAAUACAAUAAUGGAAUUUCCAGCAGUAGUUAGUCACAGUGAAUUUGCAGAGGUGCAGUUAUAUAAGGGCCUCCAGUAUAAGUAGCUACUGUGAGGGAGAGCAGCUGGAGCAGUUGAAGGGACCCUCUUUAGAAAGGAAAGGGUGUCAUUGGGAGAAGGAGGGCUCAUGGGAAGAACAGCCAAACAAAGGAUUCCUCAACCCAAAGUAAACUGCAGGCUUUGUUCCAUAUCAAUGUUCUAAGUAUCUCCACAUUUAACCUUAACUUUCCUUCAUGUUUAUGAAGACCUGAUGCCAGUGGAAUAAAGAAUACUUACUUCAUGAUCUUUAGGCCAUCUGUGUGUGUUCAAAACUCCUGUUACAGUUCACCUUCUAUGUUCUUUCAAUACAAAAUGAUCUAUAAACAGGUGUUAAGACCCUUGUUUAUACAUGCAAAGCGUCUACUCCCUGUCUCAGGUAUAGGCAUUACAUGCUGAUUUUUUUUUUGCUUUCACCAAUAUUGCUGGUGAGGCACUGUCGGGAAGGCUGUAUAGUUGUGAAAUAUGGGCACUGCAUGGUUAAAUUUCUAAACUAAAUAUUUCUAGAAUCUUCCAUUUCCUAGAUUAUUAGGACUAAUUAUACUUGUAGACUACUACUCCACUAUUAAUUAAAUGAAGAGUGGCAUGGAGAAACACCAUGGCAAAUCCUUAACUGUGGAUUUUCUAAUGUUUCACUCGCGAAACAUGGGGAGAAUUAAUAAAUGAUGGGAUUAGUAGGAAGAAAACUUCAUUGCCUGAACAGUAAGGAAUUCAUAUGUAAAUUAUUGAUUAUUUACAUUACAGGCAGGUUUUCUUAAGUAAAUUGUUAUGUUUUAUUUGUUACAGGUAACUGCAGACUCUUAAAUCCUUAAACCAGGAAUUUUCUCCUGUUUUGAUCAUUUUAUUACUUAUAUCCAACUCUGUCCUUUCUGUCAGUUUACUUUUGAGUACGUUGGUGCCCUAUUUUUAUCCUGUUUUAUUUUGUCAUUGUUUAUAUGCCUGUAGAAAGUUUUCUUCUUUUCUCAUCCAUCCUCAUCUAUCACCAUUGUUAACAGCUAACCCGAGAAUGCAACUUUAAAAAAAGGGUUUUGUGAUUUACAUAUGAAA